GCGACGCGAUGAGCAAAACCAAUUCACGGAACAUGAGUCACUCCCCCGAAGUUAAGUCCAGUCCGAGGGCGGCUCGGCCGGCAAAACUAUCUGGGGCAAAGGCAGGCGGACGGCCCCAACUACACUGCGUGGCUUCCCCCCGGACCCGCGGGCCGCAGCGGCGGAAGGAUCAGGAAAAAAGAGCUGGCAAUAGUUUCCUGCUGGGGAUGGUGACAGCGUCAAGGACCCAGAGCACGUGCCAUGAUUUCCCUGAUGGAAAAGUUCUGGAAGCCAGCAGUCUGAAAUGUUCCCCCGAGCUGACGUCGACGUGUCAGCAGGCUGUGUUCCUUCUGGAGCCUCUAGAAGUAUCCAUCUCCGGGUCUGUUCCAGCUUCUAGAGGCUGCCUGCCCUCCUCAGCUCAGCGACCCCUCCAUCUUCACACCUUCCAGACCAUGACCUGUACUUUUUUCCCUGAGGCGUCUAAGCUGAAAAUGAUCACCGAAGUGAGGUCUCUAUACACCAACAUUUGACUUUAGUACCAGAACCAGAAGCCAAGUUUCCUCAGGGAGAAGGCAAAGAGGAAAAAUACUGAUUGUCAACAUCCCCAAAGCAGGCUGCUCUAUCAAAUGGAGGUCCUCAAUGUCUGGGACAUCAGAAAUCUUCUGCACAGAGAACAAGGACGGAAAGGUGCAGCCCUGCUCUCCUUCUGGCCGAGAGACCUGGCACGAAUCCCUCGGCAUCUCUGGGAAACUCUGCGGCUUGAGGAAGGAUCCCUUACCCGGUCCUUCUUGCGCGCGCGGACCCCAUGCCGGCGGACAAGUCCCUUGAACAGAUUGUGCCGGUCUGGUGCCCGGUAAUUGCCUUUCGAUUGCCGUUCCUCCUGAUGCCCUGCUUCCUGCGGGAAGGCGGGGUGCACGCGCUCCGGCUCUGGGCCCGACAUCACAGCCCCAGGGCGUGGGUCUCCAGCAAGCUCAAGGGAAAGGGUCCCUUAAAUGAAGUCUUUUUUUUUUUUUUAAAUCACAGUAAUUAAGCAUUUUUAUUAUUUAUUUAUUUAUUUUUACAAGGCUCAUACAUGGUUAAACCUUGACUUAGAAUUUUACUACAGUGGUCUUUCUAGUACAUGAAAUUAGGUUCAAGACAAUUAAAUGAAGUCUUAUGCAGAGUGACGCUGAUUAUUUCGCAAUGAAAACGGAUGUUCUCAGUUUAACCGCAUGCCAAUUCUGGGUCACCUGCAAUAUUUAUUAGUUGUUGACGUCCUCUUUGGUGGCGAUUUCACGCUCAACUGGGCUUUUAGAUAUUUUUUAAGUUUCGUGUUUUUUUUUGUUGAGCUCACCGCUAUGCACACUGACCCGGGGUAACCGAGGGCGCUCGGGGGACCCCCCCCCGCCGGCCUCAGCCCUGAGACCCUGUCCUCUGCAGGGUGAACAGACCGCUGGCCGCUGGGAGCGGUGGGGCACAGCUGGGAGGCCAGGUCCCACUGGCGAUGCCCAGUUCACUCUCUGCGCCGCCUUUGAUGCUCCCUCCGCCUCCAAGUGUGAGCAAAGAGUACUGGAUAAUGAGGACCCAGAGUCUCUAAUUUGCUACCAAAUGCAGAAACCAUGAAAAAAGACCAUUUUUUUUAAAAAAUGUGAUUUUUCCCCUUCGUAAUACUCAAGGGAGUUAUGAACGGUAGGAAUUAAUGUUUCAGGGACAUGUCUUCCAUGAUGGAAUACUGAAUCUCGGGGCAUCCAGAGAGAGAAGCACAGACGCGGGGUCCCAGGGAGGACGCGCAGGUGACGAGGAGCUGCCGCGGGUCCAUUUGUCUCUGUCACUUCCCCUGAGCUUCUGUUUAACCCUGGGGAACGUCGGGUUAAUUAAAACACUGUACCAACAUCUUUGGCCUUUAAAUAUGCAUGGAUUGGAAGCCAAACAGUUGCAUGUAUCAUUACUCUGAGUAAUUUUAAAACAUACAUGCAUACAUAUUUUCUAUGUAUUAAAUUUUCUAGUUUUGUGAACUAUAUGGGUAAAAACCAAGAAAGAUGAAUUUAAGAUUUUGAAUAUAUUAUGAAGAUCGCUGCUUCAUAGCCCACUUUGGUAAAUUUGUCUGACUCUUGCAUUUGACUGAUAAUUACGACAUGGACCAGAUAUUCUUCUUAACAUUUAUUCACUUAAUGUUACCAAAGCCAUUCUUUUAAACUACGGGGAUACUACCUUUAUUUUAUUUUUUAAUUUACUCAUUUAGAUGUUUGUUUUGUAUUCCUGAAUAACUAUGAUUUUUCCACACUUUUAAUUUACUCUAUGUAGGAUAAAUCAAGGCCUAUGUAAUGAUGGCUGUUGAUUUAAAAUAAAAGUUUGUGUGAG